ACGGGUCCCGGGAGGGGCCAGCCCCGGCCGUUCUCGCGUCUCUGCCGGCCCGCUGCGGGCCGCUCCGGCCGGUGUUUUGCCCGGGCGCCUCCGUGCGCUCGGCCAACGGCCUCCGAGAGCGCCCACCCGAGCCCCCAGGAGCCGGCGGGCGACGGCCCUCGCCGGGGACCCUCCAGCGGGCCCAGGGGGACAAAAGGGGCUCUAUAUCCAGCACGUGCACACUGAAGCAAGUUAAAGGAUUUACUAUGAAGCACAGAAGCAGAUAGUGCCAAGUAGCAAGUUGUAGUUGGUACACAUUUCUGGAAAAGCAGUGUCCGUGUUGUUAUGUACACCUCCAAAAAAAUUCAGAUCUGUAGGGGAAUUGUUGUGUAAAGUAAACUGAACUACAGGGUAGCAGUAUUUUAAUAGCUAUUAUAGACGUGUAUUAACUAUAUUAAAAAUGAGUAAAAGAAAAACCUGUGACCCACCAAUAGGAAGAGUGAGUGGGGCAGCAUUUCCUUCUCCCACUGCUGCCGAGAUGGCGGAAAUUAGUCGAAUUCAAUAUGAAAUGGAAUACACCGAAGGUAUUAGUCAGCGAAUGAGGGUCCCGGAAAAAUUAAAGGUAGCACCACCAAAUGCUGACCUGGAACAAGAAUUCCAAGAAGGAGUUCCAAAUGCCAGUGUGAUUAUGCAGGUUCCAGAGAGGAUUGUCGUAGCAGGAAACAAUGAAGACAUUCCAUUUUCAAGGCCAGGAGAUCUUGACCUCAUCCAGUCAACUUCUUUAAAACCUCUGGCACUAAAAACACCACCUCGUGUACUUACACUAAGUGAAAGACCACUAGAUUUUCUGGAUUUAGAAAGACCUCCUUCAACCCCCCAAAAUGAAGAAGUCCGUGCAGUUGGCAGGCUAAAAAGAGAGCGCUCUAUGAGUGAAAAUGCUGUUCGCCAAAAUGGACAGCUGGUCAGAACUGAUUCCAUGUGGCACAGAUCAGAUUCUGCCCCAAGAAAUAAAAUUUCAAGGUUCCAGGCACCGAUUUCUGCACCGGAAUACACUGUGACACCAUCGCCACAACAGGUUCGGGUCUGUCCUCCCCGAAUGUUACCUGAAGAUGGACCUAAUCUUUCCUCUGCUCGUGGCAUUUUGUCGCUUAUCCAGUCUUCUACUCGUAGGGCUUACCAGCAGAUCUUGGAUGUGCUGGAUGAAAACCGCAGUGUAAGAAGACAAAAUGAAAUACGUUGUGAAAGACCCGUGUUGCGUGGUGGGUCUGCUGCCGCCACUUCUAAUCCUCAUCAUGACAACGUCAGGUAUGGCAUUUCAAAUAUAGAUGCAACAGUUGAAGGAACUGCAGAUGACAUGAAUGUUGUAGAUGCAGUUUCAUUAAGACGACAGAUAAUCAAAUUAAAUCGACGUCUACAACUUCUAGAAGAGGAGAACAAGGAACGGGCUAAAAGAGAAAUGGUCAUGUAUUCAAUUACGGUAGCAUUCUGGCUGCUUAAUAGCUGGCUCUGGUUUCGCCGCUAGAGUAACCUCAGCUCUCAAAAAAUACUGUCUCAACAGCUGGAAAUAUAAAGAAUUUGCAAACUUCUUUGUUUCUGUGUUUGCAUUGAAUAUGCCAUUUUAUAGUCCACGCCCUAAAAAUGUACUUCUUCCAGAAGGGAAGGAAAAGACUCAUAUUUGCAGAGGUAAAGGUAUAUUCUGUCACUUAGCUGUAUUCCCUUGUAACUAGUCCUGCAAUAACGCCUACUUAAAAUUCUCUCUUUGCAUGUUGUGUAAAUAGGCUCUGAUUUGUUUUUUUAAAGGAAUUAAUUUUUUGCCACAUCAGUUUGCACAGGUAAUUCUCUGAAUGGGGGAGGGUAGAGAACAGAUUUAGAAAAGUAUCUGUAAAAGAAAAGUCCUUGACUUUGAUCUGUUUCCCAAACAUUGUUAAACAGUUUUGUUAAUAAACUUGCUCGCAUCCACAUUCAGCAUUAACACAUCUGAAAGUCAUGGUCUGGUGGUAGAAUUAAUAAAAUCAAGUCACCUCAUGUUUCACCUUUAUUAUUAAAAUAAGUCCUGAUAUUUUCAACAGCUUAUCUAAUAUGUGUGUAAAAUAUGUGUGCUUUUAUUUUAGUUUUUCAGGUGGUUUUCUAUAAGGGACAUUUUUACUAAGUUCAUGUGUGAAUGAUUUAAAAAACUACAGAAUAAGGUACAAUUGCAGUGUAUUUAAUAAACUGUCAACCAAAGCAA